AUGCCUAACUCGGAGAAGAUUGUCAUAGCGAGGGACUUCAAUGGGCACAUUGGGGUUGUGCCAAGAGGUUAUGAUGAUGUACAUGGAGGUUUCGGUUUUGGUGAUAGGAAUGAGGAGAGAGCAAUUUUGUUAGAUUUUGCGAGGGCUUUGGGGUUGGUGGUGGUGAUUUCGAGCUUUUUGAAGAAGGGGAAUCACCUGAUUACCUUUCGAAGUGCGAUAGCCAAGACUCAUAUUAACUUUAUGCUGCUAAGGAAGGGGGAUAGGGUUUUAUGUAAGGACUGUAAAGUCAUUCCGAGUGAGCAUCUUUUGACUCAGCACAAGGUUCUGGUGAUGGACUUAUUUAUGAAGAGGAGCAAGAAGAGAAGGGUCGAGGAGGGUCAGCCUAGAAUUAGGUGGGGUAGCUUGACACCAGAUAGUGCGCUGAAGAUAGAAGAGAAAGAGGUCUACAAAUUAGCAAAGAAAGAGGCUAAGCUUGCAGUUACGGCAGCAAAGUCAGCAGCGUUUAAGAGCUUGUAUGCGGGGUUAGAUGAGAAAGGCAGGGAAAAGAGGCUUUUGAACGAGAAAGGGGAUAGGGGCAUUGAGUUAGGUGAGCUGGAACACUCAGAGGAGAGACGUGAUUUCAAUUAUUGUAGACGUUUUAAGGUUGAGAAAGUCAGGGAAGCUAUUCGUACGAUGUGGAGGGGAAAGGCGACGGGGCCUAAUGAGAUUCCGAUAGAUUUUUGGAAGUUUUCAGGUAGGGCAGGGUUAAGGUGGUUAACUGAUUUGCUUAACGGCAUUUUCAAGACGGCGAGGAUUCCUGAAGCCGGAAGCUGCCUGCUUGCUCCGUAA